UUGGUUUGGCAAUUUCUGUGUGAGCUUUCUUAAAGAAGCACUUCCUUUUUAAUGACAAUAUUGUGUGGGAAAGUGUACCACACAUUUUUCGCUAAGAGACCAGAAGAUUUACAUAAUUCUGCUUCUGCAGAAAGAGAAGAAAUGCCGAUACAACAUUCUGUUAUGUCUGGAAGCUUUGCAUUUACCUGUACUGUGCAAAGUUAGUUUCCUGUUUUCUGGGAUGCAUUUCUCAGAAGAGGAUGGUUUUGAAGAUGACUUCAAUAGAAAUGUUGUUGCUGCCCAUGAAAAGGUUCCUUCUGGAAUCUUGUCUCAGACUAUGAACUACGUAGGACAACUUGCAGGGCAAGUCCUGGGUACUGUGAAGGAGCUGUACAAAGGCAUUAAUCAGGCUACCCUUUCGGGAUGUAUUGAUGUCAUUGUGGUCCGGCAACAGGAUGGUACAUACCAGUGUUCUCCUUUUCAUGUCCGAUUUGGGAAGCUUGGUGUAUUGCGCUCUAAAGAAAAAGUGAUUGAUAUAGAAAUCAAUGGUGAUGCUGUUGAUCUUCAUAUGAAACUUGGUGACAAUGGAGAAGCUUUCUUUGUACAAGAAACUGAGGAGGAAGAUGAAAAGGUUCCUGCAUACUUGGCAACAUCUCCAAUACCCACUGAGGACCAAUUUUUUAAAGACACUGACAAUCAUUUGAAAUCGGGUGAAAAUGAGAGGACAUGUACAAACUCAGAAAUCCCACACUCGGUGGAGACGGAGACUGCAUUCACCCCAGGUUCUGUGAAAAAGAAAAAAAGAAGAAGAAAGAAAUACAAGCAAGAUAGCAGGAAGGAAGAUCAGAUCCCUUCUACUGGGACGGAAGAGAUUUUUGAAAUGGAAAUAAGCUCAGAUGAUGAAAAAAGUGUUCAACCCCUAAGGGGAUCCUCAAAUUCAUCACCAAAGGACGAAGAACAAAAAGAAUCUUUGCUUUAUCACUCAAAGGAUCAUUACCCCUUAUCUGAUGGAGAGUGGUCCCCUCUGGAGAACCCUUUCUCUGAGCCAGUGUGCCCUAAAAGUGAUUCAGAACUGGAAGUUAAGCCUGCUGAGAGCUUGUUCAGAUCUGAAUCUCACAUGGAAUGGACAUGGGGAGGAUUCCCAGAGUCAACCAAGAUAAGCAAGAAAGAGAAACUGGAACAUCUCAGAACGGCUACCAUUACUCCAUCAGAGAAGACUCAUUUUAGGGUCAUCCUCAGCUCUGAUGAAGUUGAAGAUGAUGAUGAUGUGAAAGAUUCUGUCUGUACAGUACUGAAACCUGAGCCAAGAACUCAUCCUCUGCUUAAGCAGAUGGAUGUUAAAGAUUCUCUUGCUUCUGCAAUCACAGAACCACAAGAUUCGUUGCCUUUAGAUGCUGAUCAUCAUUCCAGACUAUUGGUGGACCCUUUACCAGAAACAAAGCCAGCAGCAAAAGUUGACUCUCCUUCAAAAAAGAAAGGGGUGCACAAGCGAAGUCAUCAUCAGGGGCCUGACGAUAUUUACUUGGAUGACCUAAAGGCUUUGGAACCUGAAGUUGCAGCACUCUACUUUCCCAAAAGUGAUUCUGAUCCGGGCUUCAGGCAGUGGACAGAGUCAGAUACCCUUUCCGGUUCCCAGUCACCCCAGUCAGUAGGAAGUGCUGCUGCUGAUAGUGGUACAGAGUGCAUGUCUGAUUCUGCUAUGGACUUGCCUGAUGUUACACUUUCGCUUUGUGGCGGUCUCAAUGAAAAUGGAGAGAUUUCUAAAGAAAAAUUCAUGGAACAUAUUAUUACUUAUCAUGAAUUUGCUGAAAACCCUGGACUCAUAGACAAUCCUAAUUUGGUUAUAAGGAUUUAUAACAGGUACUACAACUGGGCACUGGCUGCUCCAAUGAUUCUGAGUUUGCAGGUGUUUCAGAAGAGUUUGCCCAAGGCUACUGUUGAGUCUUGGGUCAAAGAAAAGAUGCCAAAGAAGUCUGGCAGGUGGUGGUUCUGGCGCAAGAGAGAAAGCAUGACUAAACAGAUACCAGAGGCAAAAGAGGGGAAAACUGAGACGCAAAGAGCAAAUGAACUGCCAGCAACAAUAAAAGAGCAAGUUAAUAGUAGACCACCAGAAGAUGAUUCUUCCAGUGAUGAAGCAUCACAGGAAUUGAAGGAAUCCCUGAAAAUAGAUUCUGCCGCAGUAGAGCAUCCAACCCAUGGGAGCAUUACAUCUUAUAAGAAGUCUCUUAGACUGUCUUCGGACCAAAUAGCAAAGUUGAAGCUCAGAGAUGGCCCUAAUGAUGUUGUGUUUAGUAUCACAACCCAGUAUCAAGGGACUUGUCGUUGUGCAGGAACAAUAUACCUCUGGAACUGGAAUGACAAAAUCAUCAUAUCAGACAUUGAUGGAACAAUAACCAAGUCUGAUGCUUUGGGACAGAUCCUUCCUCAGUUUGGCAAGGACUGGACUCAUCAGGGCAUUGCAAAACUCUAUCAUUCCAUAAAUGAAAAUGGCUACAAGUUUCUGUACUGUUCUGCCCGUGCCAUCGGGAUGGCAGAUAUGACCAGAGGAUACCUCCAUUGGGUGAAUGACAAAGGAACGAUUCUUCCCAGGGGCCCUCUCAUGUUGUCCCCCAGCAGUUUGUUUUCUGCCUUUCAUAGGGAAGUAAUAGAAAAGAAGCCUGAAAAGUUCAAAAUCGAAUGUUUGAAUGAUAUCAAGAAUUUGUUUGCUCCCAGUAAACAGCCUUUCUAUGCUGCUUUUGGAAACAGGCCCAAUGAUGUGUAUGCUUACAUGCAAGUGGGAGUUCCAGACUGCAGAAUAUUUACUGUGAAUCCAAAGGGUGAACUGAUCCAAGAACGGACUAAGGGAAACAAAUCUUCGUAUUACAGACUAAGUGAGCUUGUGGAACAUGUGUUCCCAUUGCUUAAUAAAGAACAGAGUUCUGCAUUUCCAUGCCCAGAAUUCAGCUCUUUUUGCUAUUGGAGAGAGCCUCUUCCUGACCUUAACAUGGACGACCUGGCCUGAAAAGUACUUCUCGCCUAGAGAUGGAAUUUCAUAUUCAGCUACUCAACUUCAGUUUAAAUGUGAAGAGCUUCCUUAACGAAGAUGCUAAUUUAUAUACUGGUACCGUAAGUCUUACUAAGGAAAUCACUUUAACUCUGUUGGUUUAAAAUAAGUAAAAUGCAAAGCUACUGUUUAUUUUUUGGGGAGAUGGAGGUAUUUUUCUCUGUUUGUUUGUUUCUUUAUUGCUUGUCUUUAUAUACCUGUUCUAAGGCACUUGAGAUUGGCCUGUCAUUGAUGUUCAUGGUACCCAAGUGCUUUAGGGCAACUAAAUGUUGAGGUAAACUGACUUUGCAUUUUCGUCAAUACAGACCUUAUUGUAAACAUAGAUUUAUUUUUUUUAUUAGUCUUAAUAGUAGAUUUUCUAAAAUGAAGCCAAAAAGUGUAUGGAAACUGCCAAAUAGUGUGUCAGAUCUAUUAAUGAAAAAUGUGGUCUAAUGUUCAGAUGGGCAUGUAGGCUAUCUUUUAAAUGAGCCAGAACCUAAGACCAGUCUGCUCUUUCUCAGCUAAAAUACGGAAAAUGUGUAGACAUUACUAGCCUGACAGACUCUGAAGACAUACAAUCUCUCUUUUAAAUGUAAAUAUGCCUUUUGUCACAUGUACAAGACUCUGCUUGUACAAUUCAUGCUCAAAGUAACUCUACUUACUACUGUUUUUUUACAUGCAAUCUUUAAACUCUUUCACAAGCUUGUUAAAAUGAAAGUUGUCUUCAGAUACUCACAUGGCUUCUGUUGUUUUCAGGCUGCACUAUGUCAUGCUUAAUUUUCAUCAAGAAAAACCUUGAACAUUUCUGUAGGAGUUGAGGAGCUGGCAUUUUUAUUUACUUUUUCAACACAGAGAUGAUGCAUAUUUGAGUGUAUGCUGUGUAGGCCAGUAAAAUGUACAGAUUAUAUUCAGGGAAUUGUAAUACUAAAAAGAAUAUGUAUUUAAUUUUUUAAUUGUCUACUGCAGGUCUUUCCAGAAUUCUGUAUUGCAGGUUUUCAGUAGCUGUGAGGAAAUGCAGCUUAAUAGUGAGAUUCCAGGUUUGAGAAUGGUUAAAUGCUGCAGAGCAGAAUAAAACACUUUUUUUUUGGUUUUUUUGUUUUUUUUUUUUUACAGUUUAGGUUAUUCAUAAACUUCAUGCUGGUCAUUCUUCAGGUUCAGAUCAGAGCCUGUGAACAAACUGCAUUCCAAGUCUGGUGUUUAUCCACUGUAAAAGCAGCUAAUAUUUCUUUCUCCAAAAAUACUUGAAGGCAAUGGUAGUUCUUCUUUUUAAGUUGAGUUAGUGCAUUUAACCUCCUUUGGACAAAUCUAUGGUAAGAAUGUAUCAUUCCACCAGCCCAGAGGUCUUAAGGACUGCAGUCGUUUAAAACAUCAUUUAAACAUCAGUCACUUGAACAUCAGUCCUGGACUUUGUGGGCACAGUCUUUUCUGUCACUCCUUAAGCAAGUUCCUGGAGCCAUGCACUAAAGUUUCUUCCAGGGACUGGCCAGAAUUUCCAUGAGGCUCCAGGGUGAGCUCUCCUCUAUACACACCUUACACAGCUCCCCGUGGGACCAGGGAGGUAAGAGUGAUCUUUUGAUAACGUUUGUAUGGCUGCUUGCUGCCGUGCCUGCACCAGAGCUGCUCUUCUCAGAGACAGCUUGAGGAGACCCUUCUGCUUUAGCUUACUUGGGCUGAAUGUAGGAAAGGAGCUUCUUUUUUCCUACCAGCAAAAAAGUACAUUUAGAGGACUUUACGCUCCUUCCUCUAUUCCCCCGCUGCCACCCCCAGGAAUAUUUUUCUUUAUCAGGCUAAGUAGUCUUAACCCACAGUUCUGAUGUAAUGCCUGCAAAUGCCAGACAAUUGUCAAACUGCUUGGGAGGGGUAAUUGCUGUAUAAAUGAAAUCACUUUUUUGCCCCUGUUAAAACUAGUGUAUUCCUGUGUUUAUACAACAUUAAAUAAUGAGUGGGGGCAAGCAAAAUCAACAUGGAACCUAUCUUUCAAAACAGGAGUUGACAUUGGGAAAGAAAACAUACCUAUCUGUCAUAAUGUACCAUCCAUGUAAGUGAAUUGAAAGGCAUCCUUGUUUUUGUACAGUAACAACAAUACUUGCUGUGACUGU